AAUGUCAUUUUUCAAAUUUGUAUUUGGAAUAAAUUUCUCAAGCUGUUGUAUCCUGUAUUAAUAUUUAAAUAUAAGUGCAAAUACAUAAAUCAAAAAUAAUUUGUGAUAUAUUUUUAAUUUGAUUUUAGGUUUAUAAUGACUUAUUAUUUGUGCACAUUUAAGGCAAUUAAAGUCUAAUAUAUUUUUUUGUAUAUUCCAAAUCCCACGUGAACUUACUAUUUUAAUCAUAAGACUAACCAAUUCCUCAUAAUGAUCAGUUUUUCUGCCCCAUCCGUAUUUAAAAUCUACAAUUUGAUAGCUCUAGUGACCAACACAGAUUUUUAAUAGGAAAGGUCAAUGAAUUAACACAAAAUAGACUUAUAUGCGACAUAUGAUGAUCAUCUGUCUCUCCAGUACUUAAACGAUUUUCUUUUAUGAUAUUUAAAUACAUUAUACAUUU